ACCCGAAAUAAUGACUGAGUUUUUGUCUUGCAUACCAAGUCUCUGGUCUCCUUGCUGACUAAGUUUGUAACUGCUAGUAACCGGCCGAAACCACUCCACCAUUUUCUCUAAUUCCGGUUAAUUUUUCGCCUAUAUAUAAAGGCUUUCACUUCUCAGAUUCUUCCCUCUGGAAUUCCAUAUUCGAAAACAAUCAAACAAUUGGGUUGGCAUUAUGAAAGCGAAAAUGAAAAAGAAGUUAAAAUCCCAUAAACUCACAGACACUAGAAGAGCUGCUGCUGAGGUGAAGAGUGAAAGUUUUGAGCAACAAACCUGGGCCGAUCUCCCUGUUGAACUCUUAGAAUUGAUCUUCUCCGGUUUAAUUGUGGCGGAUAACAUUCGUGCUUCUAUUGUUUGCAAGAGAUGGCAUUCAGUUGCCACUUCUGUACGUCAAGUGAACCAACCACCCUGGCUUAUGUAUCUUCCACAAAAUGGUAACCGGGUGCAUCGAAAAACCAUUGACUUCUAUGAUCCUGGGCAUCGAAAAGCCUAUUCCCUCGACUUUCCACAGUUAGAUAGGUCCCGUGUUUGCUAUUCAAAAGAUGGUUGGUUAUUGGUAUAUAGGAGGUAUACAUGGCCCGAAAGUUCCCUGUUUAUUUUCUUUAAUCCCUUUACUAGGGAGCUGAUCAAGCUGCCAGAAUUUGAUUAUCCAAGCUCUGUUGCCGCCUUCUCUUGUGCUCCAACAUCAACUGAAUGUGUGAUAUUUACUAUUAAACAUGUUAGUUCUACUAUAGUAGCGAUUAGCACAUGUUAUCCUGGGGCAAACAAAUGGACAACUGUUAAUUACCAAAACUGCUCUCAUUUUUCCUGUUGCUUAAGGACUAAGGUUGUCUUUUCUAAUGGGUUAUUUUAUUGUCUGAGUAACCAAGGUUUUCUAGGGGUGUUUGACCCAGUUGAAUGUACUUGGACUGUUUUGGAAGUACCUCCACCUCGAUGCCAAGAUAGUUUUAUUGAUAGACAGGGGCGGAAAGGGAAAUUUAUGACAGAGCAUGAAGGAAAUAUAUUCGUAAUUCAUAUGCUUUGUCCGGAGGGCCCAAUUAUUUCCAAGUUAGAUCAGACACUAAUGGAAUGGAAAGAUGUGAGUACGCUAGACGGCGUGACAGUUUUUGCUAGCUUUUUGUCAUCUCCUUCUAGGACUAACAUGGCUAAAAUAAUGAGUAACAGUGUCUACUUACCUAAAUUCCGUGUCUAUGGAAAGUGUUGCAUGUCGUUCUCUCUUGAUGAGCAAAGAUAUUAUCCCAAUAAGCAGUGUCAUGACUGGAUUCAACCGGGAACUGUUGAGAACAUCUGGAUUGAACCACCAAAAGAUUUUGCUGGCUGGACUUAAAGAAAUUACGGAGCAAUGGAGGACAGCUUAUGUUUGAGUGCAGCAUUUGGAUUCAGUCUCCAGUACUUUGUGAUUAUUAAUACCGAAUUUGGACGUUUCAUGUCGCAGGUUUAGAGUUCAGCGUUAUUGCUCUUUGGCUGUAGGAGUUAAUGACUAAAACUUGUUUGUAGGCUGUACAUGGGAUGUUAAUAGGUACUAAUGAGGCAGCAAAAAGAUUGGUUGCUUUUGUUAUUUUAUCUAUGCAGAUCCUAGCAAUGCUUAUGUGGAUUUUGUUACGCUACUAAUCUAAAGAUUUAAUUACUUAUU